AUGGCUUCUCCGUUUCUUCGCUCAAGGUCAGCACUGCGAGCUGUCCUUGGGCCACAGACCCGUCAACGAUCAUUAUGUGCCAACCAGCCUAGGACCAGGUCCCUAUUUAAUCUUUUUCGCAAGUCUACUAAGCCAGCACAAGAAAAACAUGUUCCGUCGCUGACCGAGGACGACUUAUUUCAUCAGUUCUCGAAAUCUCCGUUCCCUGCAGUACGUGCUCGCGGAGAAGCUAUACAGUCACUGGCUACAUGUCCAGUAUGCGCCUCAGGUCAUAGCGGCACUCAUGCGCACACGAAAUCGCAGCCUCUCGCAGUGAAAUUUGAAUGUCCUGACUGUGGUUUCCCGACACAUUGCUCGCAGGAGCAUUGGAUGGAUGAUCAAGAGCACACAAAGUACUGCUCUAGACUUCGAGAGGUUAACGAGGAUGAACAUGAUCUCCGAAGCGGUCGACGGUUACGCGAAUUUGAGAUGCCCGGACCACAGGCUUACGAGGAGGCUAUAUCAUUCGCAAAUUGGGACGUAUUUUGGUAUACACGCGGAUUUCCCUCCAUGGACACAGAACGUUCAAGACGACACGCCAGCAAACUUCUUACCUAUCCACUCACUAUUGGUUCUAUUCUACAUCAAAAUAGCGGACUGACUUUAAGCAAUCAAAGAGUUACACCUGAAGGAAGUCGCUCACUAGCAGCACUGCGCACCAUGCUGCAUGUCCCUCCUGGAGCACCUGAUACAGAGGAGGCUGGUGCUGCAAAACCCCAGAUACGCAUAUUCAUCCUCGGCGCUCGCGCUGAGUCCUCUUUGCCACCGCAUGCCUGGGAGCAACUUUGCAUGUUGUUCCCAUCUUGUCAUUUUCACCUCUUCUUCAUUGGACCACAAGUCUCUUUACCGAGACCGGCUAAUUCACCCCCUCCGAACCCCCCCAAUGAAUCUGUAGCAAAAGAGGAUACAAUCACCAACAAAUCUGCGGCAGAAAAUGUGUCCACGACGCACGCAUCCACCACCACUGUAAAGCAGCGGGAGGAAGACACACCAGUUUAUGUGCCGAACGUUUAUAACCCUCCGACACCAGCACCUAUCGUGCGCCUUAAGCGCACACGAUCAUCAGUUGAACUCUACGGCAUUCCCUCUUACACUGUCCCUUAUACCCCUCAGCUCACCAUUACUGGCCUGCAAGCGAACUAUGCUGAAGUCCACGCGCAGUUUCAGGAUACCUUCGACCCCUACACAGAUGCCUUCUUCCUGUUCUCCCCCGGUUUUGGCUUCCCGUCGCCUAACUCGGUAUCCGAAUUAGAUGGCAAGCCCCAUUUGCAAAUUGCUUCCCCGACAGAGUGGGGCCCUGUCAUACCAGCCUUACUCGCAACCCGUUGUCCCAUCUUCGUAACAGGUUUCUCCCCUGCAGACGUCGAGAGAGAUAUUCGUUCCAUUGAGACUGCACCAGAUGUCGCUGGUGAGUUCGAGUGGGUGGUUACUCCGGGAGAGAACGCAUUUGGCAGCGAAAAAUGGGAGGUCGCAGACUUUGACCCCAGAGUCAUGGUGAAGACGAACUGGGGUGUUUGGGGUAUUAGGGGCAAGGGCCGAGAAGUGAGAGAGCGUAGCUCCUUCAGCUUAUUCUAGAAUGUGCUUUCUGAUUCUACGAUUAAUCAUGCCGGACCACAACUCGUUCGGGUUAUAUCACACCAUGGCUCGUGAAGAGACCACGUUCCAAAGAACCCACAGUUAUUCCCGGACCCGGAUGGCAAAAAUGGGCAGUUUCUAUAUACGUGAGUUGAUCACCUUAUCACCAAAAGUCUAUAUGUCAUCGGGGAAGGACUUGUAACCGAUCGCGGGCAAAAUUGAUCCUGUCUGCCCUACAAUGACACUGGAAAUGCAGCCCUGUGAACCCCCUGUUCCAACUCGGGUUUGGUUUGCUUCCGAGGACCGAGAUGAAGAUCCAUCAUUUCAAUUGUCAUAUUCAAGUCCAGGCAUCAAAAAAGCCCCCCCAACACCAUCACUUAGAGAAUAAGAAAUCAUUCAGUAUAAGUGUUUCCCCCUGUUCAGACCAAGAAUAGGUUUUUGCCGAGAGCUACCAUGAUCGUGCAGGAUGUGGUACGG